AUGGCAGACGAGCACACAAAUUUGCGGCUUUCCGUGUCAGGAAGUUCUGAACCUAAGCUAGAUGAUAAAUCUGCUUCAGACAUUAUUUCUACAACAGCUCAUUCGCAAGACACGUUGGACGCGGCGACCCCCACUCACCUUGAACAGAACAAACUGGGCGAGGCUAAUCGCGAACAUAGAGAUGUAGACCUUCUACAAGUAGAGGAUUUACAUGUGGAACCGACUGAUACCAAAGUGACGGGUGGUAAUAGGAUUCAAAUGGAUAUUCAAAGUUGUAUCAUCCACGCUCCAGAUAUUCUUCAGCCGAUCUCUGAGCUGGUUUCAACAACUAAGAAAGAUGACGAUCGACGAUACUCUUGGCUCAAUAAAGCCACUGGAAUGAGUGAACGCCUAGGAAUAUAUUAUCAGAUUAUACCCCCUGGGUAUAGAACCGCGUGUCCACAUGCGCAUUCCAAGGAAGACGAGCUAGUCUUCUGUCUUCAAGGUCGGGGGACUAUCUGGCAGAAUGGGUGGAUAUAUCCAUUUGAACCGGGUGACGUUGUGGGUUGGACAGGGGGCACUGGGAUUACCCAUUGUGUCAUAAACGAUACGAAGCCAGUACCAGGCCAAUCUAAUGGAGAUGAGGAAGACCUUAUUCUCCUUGUAGUCGGAGAGAAUAAACCUGGAGAAGAUGAACUCCACUAUCCACAUAACCCGGAGCGAUAUGAAGCUAAAGAGGUACUCCGUUGGGAAAACGUUACGUUACAAAAUGAAGGCGGGGCCCAUCCAGGCGUGGCGCGAGCGGAGCGCCCAAACGACACGCUUCCUGGUUAUCAAUUAGGCGCCCGACCGAGUAAUAUCGUCAACUGGAGAGACCAGCUUGCGCCUGCCGGAGAAGGCGAGCUGUUUGCAUAUGCAACAUCAUUAUCACAGGAGACAGGCUUAUCGGGACGUUUUGGUUGUAAUCUCGAGGUUAUUCCUCCUGGUGCCCGAUCUUCUGACCCACAUGCGCACAGUGUCGAAGACGAGCUAGUGUUCGUAAUACAAGGUGAGGGUUUAGUAUGGCUUGAUGGCUAUACUUUCCCCGUUUCUUCUGGCGAUGCAAUUGGUUUCCGGGGUGGAACCGGACUCGCUCACACUAUUAUCAACGACUCCGAUGCCCAUGGCGAGGAAUCAAGUCAAGAUUUGGUGUUGUGGAUAGUUGGAGAGAACCGUCGUUCUGAAGAUAGAGUGGUGUAUCCCAUGCAUCCCGAGAAGAGUGGAACGUUCCCUAGGUGGUGGCAAGAUGCGCCGGCCCGAAAAUUGGGGGGCCAUAAUGGACGAGCAACGAACCCAAGAAUUUAG